AUGUGGCACUCGUAUUGGGACAGAAAUCCAAACGCAUUUUUAGCUAUUUCUACCAAUCCUAUUAAUUCAGUUGUGCCUUUUGCUAGCACACUUUUGUACGAAUAUUAUUGUUAUAAUCCUUUCAAAAUAAUGGGAAUUACACAUAUAGACAGUGCCAGAAGUAGAUCUUUUGCUGCAAAUGCUCUUCAAGUAAAUCCACGGCAAAUACAAAUACCUGUUAUUGGUGGUCAUUCUACAGAGACUACAGUUCCACUGUUUUCUAAUUUGACGCCAUGUCACUAUAGCAUUGAUUCGUGCCAAGCUGAUAUGCUGACGAGACUUGUGAGAAAAGCUGGCACCGAAGUAGUUAAUUACAAAUAUGGACGAGGGUCAUCAGUGGUUGGUUUGGCUUGGUCUAUUAAUGAAUUUGUAGACAAUAUAUUGAAUGCAAUAAACGGCACUGAAGACAUUGUACACUGCUACAGCGCUAAUCCACAUUUUGGUACCAGAUACUUUUCAGGGCCUACUGUUAUUGGACCUUAUGGCAUAACUCAAACAUGUUGCGAUUUUUCUAUGAGUGACUAUGAAUCCUUUAUGCUGAAUUCUUCAGUUGCAUCUCUCAACCAUGAUAUAGAGGUAGGUGAAAAUUAUGUUCAAGUAAUGCAACACACAGGGAGACAGUGA